UUAGCGGGAUAUCAUUCCCAUCUUGGGAAUUAUCGCCUUUGCAAGUUACAAUCGGACUGGGAUAUAAAUAAGAUUACUGACAGCUGCUAUUCAUGUUUGACAGAUCUUGAUGAAUGCGAAAGCAACCCAUGCAGCAAUGGAGGUGUAUGUGUGAAUGGAGUGAACAAAUUCACAUGUAAUUGUAUACCUGGAUUCACCGGACUCCAGUGCGAAACAAAUAUUGACGAUUGUGUAAGUAACGCGUGUGUCAAUGGAGAUUGUGUGGACGGCGUGAAUCAGUACACAUGCAGCUGUUAUUCUGGAAACGCAGGUGUACACUGUGAGUUUGAUUUAUCCUGUGUGACCAGUAAUCCAUGUUUGAACGGUGGAACCUGUAUCCCUUUAUCUGGAGGAGGAUACACCUGUAGCUGCACGUUUUUUUAUUCUGGUUCAAACUGUCAGUUAGGAUCAUUCUUCUGUCUAAGGCUUCCCACGUUCUCUUUCGACCCACCUUACUCGCCAAACACCGGCAAAUUCGACAAGAUCGCUUUUUCGCUAAGCGCGAACCACAAACUCUUGGGAAUUGCUGUUGGUUCCACCGCACAACAAGGCAUUCCUGUAACUUUGACCAUCAAAGUCAGCAACAUCUCGGGUGUUGCCAUCGCCUCUAAAACUACGCAGCAUACUUUUCGUCACGGAAUACCCGACUACCCCGUUUAUUUCGACCAACCGAUACUUCUGACCGCCGGCCAGCAGUACAUUGCAGCUUCCCUGGUCGAGGCCGAAGCCAAUAUGUCUGAAUUGGCAAGAAGCUUUGACGGCUCUGCAAUCAGAUUUUGUAAUCCUCACCUGACAGUUACGUUCUCGAAUGUUCCAGCAGAGGAGAUGGCUGACUCUAACGGAUCAACAGUCCAAGAGGGCCAAAUAAUUUUUCUGUAUUUUAAAUUAGCGGGAUAUCAUUCCCAUCUUGGGAAUUAUCGCCUUUGCAAGUUACAAUCGGACUGGGAUAUAAAUAAGAUUACUGACAGCUGCUAUUCAUGUUUGACAGAUCUUGAUGAAUGCGAAAGCAACCCAUGCAGCAAUGGAGGUGUAUGUGUGAAUGGAGUGAACAAAUUCACAUGUAAUUGUAUACCUGGAUUCACCGGACUCCAGUGCGAAACAAAUAUUGACGAUUGUGUAAGUAACGCGUGUGUCAAUGGAGAUUGUGUGGACGGCGUGAAUCAGUACACAUGCAGCUGUUAUUCUGGAAACGCAGGUGUACACUGUGAGUUUGAUUUAUCCUGUGUGACCAGUAAUCCAUGUUUGAACGGUGGAACCUGUAUCCCUUUAUCUGGAGGAGGAUACACCUGUAGCUGCACGUUUUUUUAUUCUGGUUCAAACUGUCAGUUAGGAUCAUUCUUCUGUCUAAGGCUUCCCACGUUCUCUUUCGACCCACCUUACUCGCCAAACACCGGCAAAUUCGACAAGAUCGCUUUUUCGCUAAGCGCGAACCACAAACUCUUGGGAAUUGCUGUUGGUUCCACCGCACAACAAGGCAUUCCUGUAACUUUGACCAUCAAAGUCAGCAACAUCUCGGGUGUUGCCAUCGCCUCUAAAACUACGCAGCAUACUUUUCGUCACGGAAUACCCGACUACCCCGUUUAUUUCGACCAACCGAUACUUCUGACCGCCGGCCAGCAGUACAUUGCAGCUUCCCUGGUCGAGGCCGAAGCCAAUAUGUCUGAAUUGGCAAGAAGCUUUGACGGCUCUGCAAUCAGAUUUUGUAAUCCUCACCUGACAGUUACGUUCUCGAAUGUUCCAGCAGAGGAGAUGGCUGACUCUAACGGAUCAACAGUCCAAGAGGGCCAAAUAAUUUUUCUGUAUUUUAAGCCACCAUAAAUAUUUCUUUCAUUGUUGAAGCUAUGCCAAAGUUUGAGAAAAGGCACAGAGUUUGAUGAUUUGAAGAGCAGUCUUCAAUUAGUGUCGAAAAUAAUUCGGAAGUGCUUCCACCAGUCUUUUCAACCAAUGAGAUGCAAAAUCAAAAUCAGUCGCAUUUUCCGCUAUGUGGACCUUGCACGCGCUUAGUGCCGGUUACGUGUAUCACUAUCUGCUUCAAAUUUUCAUUGGUUCGUUUAGUUGUGUUGUUUAUGUUUGAUGUGAUUAUCAAUUGUAAUGAACUGUUUUCUUCCAAAGAUGCUCAGUUGACGAUUGCUCUAAGAUAUUAUUGAAGUUACACAAGUUUGAAAUAGACGAGCAGUUUUAAACGUUUAAAUCAAUUUUCUACCUGGCCUUAGCAUUCUUACCAUAAGCAGUUACAGGCAUUAUAGUUGCGCCUUUUCUGUCCGUUUUUCAUGAAUAUUUGGAAGUCUCUUAUAUUAGAUUUCAAAUCAUUUGGUUCUUAACGGUAUGGCCUGAAGUAGCGGGAGUUGGUUCACGCGUAGCUAGAUUGGCACACAUGGUGAUUC